GGGAUUCAAUAGGAGUCAUUACAGUACUCUUUUUUUGAAGGGUAAAAGGAGGCGAUGCAUAUCAAUCAUCACAAAUUCACCACAUUUUUUAAAGAAAUUCCUACUCCACAAAACGUGAAAAAUACAAUACUACACCUUUUUUUAAUAACGUUUGCGUAAGCUUCUAAAUAUAUACAAAAAUAUUGAGCGAGUUUAUCGCCAUAUUAGAAUAGCAGUAGACAUCUUGCGCAAAUUACUAUAAUUUUAACUUGACACAAAAGUAUGGAGGGAAAUUUCUACAUAUCGGACAUCAUAAUAGACUUUAAAUUAGGCUCGAACUACAGUAUCGCCUAUGAGCACUGUAAGGAAGAGGCACUUAGUUACGGAAAAUGUAUGGAAACUUCACAAAUCAAUCGCUCUUUGAGCAAGAACCUGUGUCUACAUGAGCGUCAAAAACUUCGUCAAUGUAUAGAUAAUCGUCUCAGAUCGAUAGGAAAGAAACCUUUGCCUUUGGACACUACGUAAAUAAUUUGUCGUGCACUGUUUUCCUGUUUCACUCUUUAUCAAUAUUAAGGAACUUCUUGAAAGGACGGAUUCGUAUUAUUUAGCCGUAUAAAUACUAUUUGAAUAUUAAAAAGAUGGUAUCCUGGAAAUAUGGUUUUUGGUAUAAAUCGCGGUGAAAUUAAAAAAAACUUGCCAUUGGGGGAAGAGGGAAGGUGUGUGGUAAUUUAAGGUAGUAUAUCGACUCACUAUUCACACUUUUCUUUCUCAAUGUCAAUGAUCAAGCAAAAUAAUGAACUUCAAAACGGGAUUAGAUCUAUAAUUUUUCCAAAUUGUGAAAAAUCUAGAUAAACUACCUGUUU